ACAAUAUGAUUCGCCUUGCCUCCAAGAUGACGAGGAACAGGGAAACAGAUCUCCCUGCAUGGAAUGCUGCAGUCUGUGAUCAUAGAUAACCUAGAUAUAAUAACAAGUCUGUCACGAUACAGAGCCGAUCAGGUAGAAGCUAUCUUAUCCCCUACAAUACCUAUUGAAUCAUAACCUACAUUCUUAAUGAGACAUAAUCACCAAUAGUAUUUAACCGGUAUAACGAUGUCACUUUUUUCGUGUCUUGUGUGGUGGAUUACAUAUUAUAAUGCUAGUCUCGUAGCUUCAAGGAUCGUAGGGAUACCUACGAUUCCUUUCACCACGUCUAGUGAUGGAUCUUACUCGAUAUCAUCCCUUAAGUCCCUAGUGGUAGACUCAAAGUUCUCGGAAAACCGUGAUGAGACUGGCGAGACUCUAAUCCCACCAACUCUGAAAGACUUCGCCGAAACGUUUGCGGAUGACUUACACAACACCUUGAACUUAGAUAUUGACGUCUCAACUGGCGAUGAGCCAACAUCAGACGCCAUAUUUCUCACCCUCGGUGAUCCUAUUAAGUAUACUGAUGUGGCUGGUGCUCAAACUUCCGAAGGAUACACACUCUCGAUCAAUUCUUCAAGCAUCAUCAUCUCUGGAGCCAGUCCUUUAGGUGCCUGGUGGGGUACAAGGACUGUCUUGCAACAGGCAAUACUGUCAAAUGGCUCACUACCGUAUGGCCAAGCAGACGGUGCGCCUGGGUGGAAAAUCCGAGGCAUGAUGCUUGAUGCCGCUCGUCAUUAUUACCCAUCGGAGUUUAUUAUUGAAUUGUGCUCUUAUAUGAGCUUUUUCAAGCAAAAUACCUUUCACAUACACUUAAGCGAUAAUCUAUACAAUAACGUCAACCUCUACUCAAGAGAGCAAUCUUUGCAACUGGAUGCUUGGUUUCGUUUAUGGUCCGAUUCAGAGGAUCUUGCUGGCCUGAGCAAAUACAAGAACGAGUCUUAUACGAAGGACCAGUUUGAAGAUAUCCAAUCAAGCUGUGCCUCCCGUGGAGUGACCGUCAUUCCCGAGAUAGAGGCGCCCGGGCACUCACUGGUGAUAGUACAAUGGAAGCCGGAACUUGGACUUAGCAAUGACUUAUCGUUAUUAAAUAUCUCACAUCCGGAGACCAUACCUACGAUGAAGACUAUCUGGAGUACCUUUCUUGACUGGUUCCAUUCAAAAACAGUUUCAAUUGGCGCAGAUGAGUAUACUGGCGACCCCAAUGAGUAUAAUCGAUUCGUGAACGAAAUGUCCGCUUAUAUCGACGAAGUGUCUGGAAAAUCUAUUCGUAUCUGGGGCACUUUUCCACCUAAACCUGAAUACAGCAACAUCUACCAGAACGUUUCGGUACAACAUUGGACUUUCUCUGCCGAUAACCCGUACCGCGACUACAUAUUGAACAAUUACUCCGUUUUAAACUCCGAUGAUACUUAUUAUACUGUUAAUAAAUACUCCGCAAGCUACCCGCAAGUUAUCAACGUAGCUCGGACAUUCAACGGAAAUCCGGCAACUGGUGGAAUAUGGCAACCCUUCGUCUUUGAUGCCAAGGUCGCCGCCAAUAACCCGGAGAAAAACAAUUCUCUAGUCCUGGGAGCCGUGACACCUCUGUGGAAUGACUACGGCGCGAACGCAUCCGUAUACUCCGAGGCUUAUUAUGCCUGGAGAGAUGGAAUUCCCGCACUAGCGGACAAGCAAUGGGGAGGCGAUCUCUCAGAAUCUGAAUUCUCUUCGGCGUUUGCGACUCUGCACCCAAACAUACCCGGCCAGAACUUAGACCGGGCAAUCCCAUCCACUGGCUCGAUUAUAUUCAACUAUACCGCAGGAUCUAUGGUUAACAGAGACCUGUUCACACCAAUAGCUGUGUGGAACGACCUUGCCGUCCUCGAUCAUUCUGGUAACGGAUACGACGCCACGACGAACUGCCCGCUUACCGCAGAGUCGACCUUAAAUAUCAGCUCCUCGUGCUCUGUAGAAACACCCCUCUUGUCUAAGGGCCGCGAUUAUACGCUCUCACUAAAAUUACGCAUUGACGAGGCAAGCCAAGACGCUACCAUCAUAUCCGGCGGCGACUCCUCGCUUCUACUAACCCCGAACCUUACCUUACUCGCAUCAGGAAAUUACUAUAGACUGAACUCUACAAUCCCUGUGGGCACGUGGGUUAACUUGAACGUUAUCGGACGCGGCAACCGGACUUUCGCAAGUAUCCAGGAGACGACUCUGGACGCGCCCCUGUCAAGUGCUGCUGCUGAAGAACAGGAGUUCCUGGCUGUCUUGGGGAUCAACGGCGUAUCGUUCGUGUGGGCGCCUAUUGCUAUCGAGGCGCCGAUUCAGAAGAUUGGUGGUGAGGAUGUUGGUUGGACGGGACAGCUUGUGGCGAUGAGUUUGAGCUCUGAGGCUUGAUUGGUUUGUGAUAUGUUGGAUAUUGAUAUGAUAUAAGAUCUUCGUAGGCGGGUUGGUAAAUUAUUAUCUUCGUUCGCUUGGGUACAUCGAUGUUUAGGUACUUAGGUAGAUAGCGAAAUGAUACUCCGGUGAACCGAAACUAACCGAUGAUGUUUUGA